AUGGCAGUAAAAGUGACAGCAGCAGCAGUAACGACACUGGGAGCAACAACAGUGAGAGCAGCAGCAGCACCGACAGGAACAGCAGCAACAACAGCAACAGCAGCAGCAACAGCAACAGCAGCUGCAGUGACAGCAGUAGCAGCAGCAACGACAGUAGCAGCUGCAACAGUGGCAGCAGCAUCAGUAGUGACAGCAGCAGCAGCAGAACCGGCAGUGAGAGCGACAGCAGUGAUGAUUACUAUGAGUGCGGGCCUGGAGAGAGGGUGUGUUACGACAAUGGUGCACCUCAUGGCAUGUACUGCCGGGAUUCGUGGCAUUCCUAGCGACCCUCAUCCUCCUGCUUCCGCACUUCCCUCUCUCCAAUUUCGUCUCUCCCACUGUGCUUCUCACUCUCAGCCUCUCAGUCCCCUAAUCUAUCUCUCCCACUCACCUCUCCACUCACAUCCUCUCCCCAGGUACCAUCUCCCCUUCAACUCUUUCCUCUCCCACUCUUUCCACUCCCGCUCGCUCCUCUUCCAGUCUCUCCUCCCCACUGUCACGCCUUCCCUUCAUUCAUGCACAUGA